GAAGCCACCGACUCUUUCAUAGGUGUUGUGUUGCUCAAGUUUCUGCCGAAGCUGGUGGUUCGCUUCCUGAUCACAAGCGGACUGUACAAGCUGGUGUUCACCUGCUGGCGUAAAGGCUACACCACCAUGACUCUGCAGCAGGUGGUGGACUCGGUGACCAACAACGCUGAACUCAAAGUGGUUUUAUGUUACUUCUUUGCAGAUUACGCCCUGUUACCGCGCGAAGCACCCUUCAUCUUGCACGCCCUCCUGGCAACGCACUUCAUGACCAACAGCUUCUACCCCAGGGGUGGCACCUCUGAGAUCGCCUACCACAUGAGUGACGUCAUCCAGAAGCACGGAGGUCGAGUUCUCGUGCAGGCUCCUGUCACUAACAUCAUCUGUAACGAAGAUGGGCGAGCAGUAGGUGUGAGGAUCGGAGGCAAGACCAAGGUUGACGUCUACGCCAAGUACAUUAUCUCGGACGCUGGCAUCGACAACACCUUCAAGGCGCUGCUGCCACGAGAAAUUGCCCAGAAAUCAAAUGUUUAUCCUCUCGUCGAUAAGAUCGGUCCCAGUCGCUCCUACAUCACAGCCUUUAUGGGUAUCGAAGGAACCUCCAAAGAACUGAAUCUUCCAGCGGCGAACUACUGGGUUUAUAACACGGGUAACAAGGACGUCGACAUCAACACUCUUAUGGAAGAAUUUUUGGCGCUCAACCAGGAUGAGCUAGAGGACGCAAACAUCCCGUUUGGAUUCUUGUCUGUGCCAUCUGCCAAAGACCCCGAGUACGAAAAGAAAUUCCCAGGUAAGGCUUCAGUCCUUCUCCUCACCCUGGCUAACUGGGAGUGGUUUGAGGAGUGGAAGGAGGAGAAAGUACGUCAUCGCGGAGAGCGCUAUGAGAGUAUCAAGGACGUGAUGGGUCGGCGCAUGUGGCAGAUGGUUGUUGACACCUUUCCCCAGCUGGAAGGAAAAUGCGUCUACCUGGAGGUGGGCACCCCGGUGACCAACAGCUACUACCUGGGCUUCCCCAAGGGCGAGAUGUACGGAAUCUGUCAGGGCAACGCCCGCUACACCGCCGAGGCUGCCAGCAAACUGAGGCCCGAGACAGACAUCCCGGGACUCUAUAUCACAGGCCAAGACGGCUUGACCGCCGGCUUCAUGGGCGGUUUGAUGAAUGGCCUGAUCUGCUCCUCCCAGAUCCUUAACAGGAACCUGUACUCGGACCUGCAGAACUUGAAGAAAAGGCUCUACCCCCAGCUAGAGCACAUGAAGAAGAACUUGUGAGGCGCAAGACCUGGGCAAGAUAGACAUGUCCGUUUUGAAGAGAAAGUGAGCCUUAUGCAUUUUGUGAGCGCUGUAAAACGUUUUAACAAAACUAGAGAGAAAAUGUGCGUUAUGCAGUUGCGAGCUCUGUAAAAUUUUAAAAAAUAAGUUAGAGAAGAAGUAAGUGCGUUAUGCUUUGGCGAGCGUUGUAAAACUUUUUUUUAACAAGUUAGAGACUAAAGUGUACGUUAUACAGUUGCGAACGCUAUAAAACGUUUAAACAAAACUUGAGGAUAAAAAAGUAUUUUUUGUUUGAACACUCCCUAGGACAGGACGCUUCGUUUGUACAUGUAAUAUGUAAUAUGUAAUUGCAUGUCAUAGACAAACGAUAUAUUUUUUCAGACUUUCACUCGAAAGGAAGUAGAUUCAGUUGUGAUGUAUUUGUUUUUAAAUUUACCCCAAAAAAAAGAAAAAAAAAAAAGAAAAGAAAUAGCUUGUCACUGAACGAUUUUUUUUCUUUUCUCAAAAAAUGCUCCUUUUUGCCUUCCGUCUGACGUGAAAUUUUGGAUGUAGAUCUAGUACCUCAUUUUACAGAGACGAUGUUCGUCACAAUAAACAAAAUCCUACA